CCACGGCAGCAUCCAGAACUAUUCCCGACCGUCCAUUUCCGAAGACACCAUCACCCAUCACGCCCUCACAGCAGGAGUAGUCCUGGACAUGGUGUGGACCAUUGCCAGGACCUUUAGUUGCGGAAGCAUCACACGUGAGUUGGUUGAGCUUGCCAAUUGGUUUUCAAAAACUAUAUCCACGACGUCACUCUCCCCGUCGAGUCAACUCUUCCAAUUUCCAAUUUCCUGCAACAACAAAAAAACCGCUCGCCGGACCUGCAUUAGGCGGUUGCCUAAAGUUCGCCAUGUCUGUUGACUAAUGCCGCCUUUGACAGCUAGGGUCGUACCUCUCGGCUAGGUGGUAGAGGAAACAGGAGGCUAAACUCCACCACCUCACUCAACCAAUAUGGCUCGUCUUCAAGACCACAUGCCAGCCAUUGUCCGCCUUUCGGUAGAUGCAUCCAGUCGGACCGACGCACGUGUUGUGGACUACCGAUUCAAAAUAGUCGAGAAUGUCGAGAAUGUCGACGCGUAUAAAAGCAGUGCCAUCACCUCCGGAUGGGGACUGGACAUGGAGAGCACCUAGGAAUCCAACUACGAACCAUUCUUCCCGCGUCGUUUUACAACAAUGAGGUUCAGCGACCUACUCGUGGCUGCGGCCACGGCGACUGCCUACACCAUGAACUCCCAGGUCCGCCUUGCCUACCACGGCGACAACGGCAUGAUGGUCAGCUGGAACACCUUCGAUGUCGUCAAGAACCCUUCUGUCCAGUGGGGCCUCUCGCGGGACCGUCUGGACAAGAUUGCGACCUCCGACGUCUCCGUCACGUAUCCCACUUCGCAGACCUACAACAACCACGUGCUGAUCAGCGGCCUUCGCCCCGAUACGACUUACUUCUACAAGCCGCUGCAGCUCAUGAACAGCACGACCGACGUCUUCAACUUUACGACGAGCCGUGAGGCUGGCGACAACACCCCCUUCUCGGUCGCCGUCGUCGUCGACCUCGGUACCAUGGGUAGCAAGGGCCUGACCACAUCUGCGGGCACUGGCGUGGCGAGCACCAACAUUCUUCAGCCAGGGGAGAAGAACACCAUCGACUCGCUGGAAGCCAACAUCGACAACUUCGACUUCCUCUGGCAUGCCGGCGACAUUGCCUACGCCGACUACUGGCUCAAGGAAGAGAUCCAUGGCUUCCUGCCCAACACAACCAUUCAGGGAGGCGCCGCCGUGUACGAGUCCAUCCUGAACGAGUUCUAUGACGAAAUGAUGCCCAUCACCGCCCGCAAGCCGUACAUGGUGGGCCCCGGUAACCACGAGGCCAACUGUGACAAUGCUGGCACCACGGACAAGGUGCACAACAUCACGUACGACAGCAGUAUCUGCAUGAUGGGCCAGACCAACUUCACCGGCUUCAAGAACCACUUCCGCAUGCCUAGCGACGUCUCCGGCGGUACCGGUAACUUCUGGUACAGCUUCGACCACGGUAUGGUGCACUUCAUCCAGCUCGAUACCGAGACCGACCUGGGCCAUGGUUUCAUCGGCCCCGACCAGACUGGCGGAUCUGAGGGCUUCACCGGUGUUGACCCGGUCAAUGCCACCAUGAACGCGCAGACCAACUGGCUUGAAGCCGAUCUGGCGGCCGUUGACCGCUCCAAGACUCCGUGGGUCGUUGUGGCCGGCCACCGUGCCUUCUACCUCAGCAACACCGGUGAUACCUGCCCCACGUGCAAGGACGUCUUCGAGCCGUUGCUGCUUAAGUACAACGUUGACCUGGUGCUGUCGGGCCAUUCGCACAUCUACGAGCGCCUGGCACCAAUCGCCGAUGGCAAGAUUGAUCCCAACGAGCUGGAGAAUCCCUCCUCCCCCUGGUACAUCACCAACGGCGCCGCUGGCCACUACGACGGCCUCGACUCCCUCGAUAGCCCCCGUCAGCCCUACAGCCGCUUCGGCCUUGACACGUCCAACGCCACCUACGGCUGGAGCCGCCUGACCUUCCACAACUGCACCCACUUGACUCACGAUUUCGUCGCCAGCAACAACAACACCGUCCUUGACUCUGCCACUCUGUUCAAGGCCCGUACUUGCGACCAGGAUCGCAGGCGCCAUUGAGUCCGUCACUCUCGUCACUGCUAGUGACUGCGAAAAGACCUCAACCACUCUGGCUGGUCGCUGCCUUGAAAGUUUUGUGAUGCUCGGGACGCGGCGCUCUGAAGGUACCUCUAUGAGGGAAGCAGGAAUCGCAUGUGAGCGGGUCUGACCCUUUGUACGAGUGUCUUGGAAACGUGGAUACGUGUAAUAUGAGUCUAAUAGAUGAAAAUCCUUUACGUUAAUGCACUUUUAGCUUACCUCUC